UUGCGCAGCUGUUACAUAACCACUUGCAUGCUUCGGCUGUGAAUUUCUAUAAAUUAGAAGGAAACAACAAUAGUGUGCACAUUCAAAGCCUGGACCUGAAAGUGUUUCCAGCUCAGGAUGGACAAACGCUGCUGGAAAUUAACCCUGGCUGCUCUGCUGCUUUUCACCAGCGCAUAUGCAGAAGCCUCAUUUUCAAACCACAUGAAGGACUUUAUCAGGGCUGUAGAGCAGAUAGAAGAUGAGGACCCUGGCUUAGGUCCAGGUGAUGUGUUGAAGAUGCUGCGCAAAGCAGCUGGCCUUAAUGAUGCCUUCAUCCAGUACUUCCUCCCCGAUGCUGAGGCUAGUGGUUCUGAGCUGCCUGCUGAUCUCUCAGAAUACCUUCGCAAAGCUGUGCAUCACAAGGUGCUGGAAGAUGCCAAAGAAGAAGGAGUGGUUCUGACCCCAGAUGGUAGCACGGUUGCCCUUGGACCGCUCCUCCUGGGUAUUGAAGCUGGCCUUCUCUCCAAGACUCGAGGACGAGUUCGAGGUCUCUACCAGCUCACUCUAGCCAAAGAUCUUGGUCUUUCUCUCAGGCACGGCUCUUCUGGCACAAAUCUGCUCGGAACUGAUGGCUGUUGGGACAACUUAACAUCUCCCCAAGUCUUCACGCUCUCAGACAAACCAACUUUGCUCACCACAGCUCAGGUUAAUGGAGGCAUGGACGGCAUUGUAUUGGGGAAGGAGGUUUCAGCCAAUUCCAGUCUUCUUGUCAAGCUCAGCAGUCUGCUCAAUGAGUACUACAAUCACCAGUUGGACAGUAGGGGAAUGGACGGAGCCCCGCGUCUCAUCAGUCGACGUCGCAGGGAGAACUUCAAAGCCCUGCUCCUCCCUCCUUUGCUGGCCAGACAGGUGGUGAAGUCUAUAGACCUGCAGCAAAGUCUGGCAGGACACCCAAAGAUGGAGGUUAAGACCAAGAGGCAGCUGAUGGCUGUGGUGAAGGAAGGAUUAAAAGAGUUUGUUCACAUGUACAUGGUUUGUCCUCCAAUCAUUUCUCGGUGUUCAUGGGGUGCUGAGCCAUACAGAGGGACACCCACCCAACUGUCCUUACCUCUUACCUACUUAUUCAUCCAUCACACCCACACACCAAGCGAGCCUUGUUUGACCUUUGAGAAAUGCGCUGCAGACAUGCGAUCCAUGCAGCAAUUCCAUCAAGAAGACAGAGGCUGGGAUGACAUCGGAUACAGCUUUGUAGCUGGCGGUGACGGCAAUAUCUAUGAGGGCCGUGGCUGGAACUGGCAGGGAGCCCACACGUAUGGAUACAACUCCAAAGGCUUUGGCGUCUCAUUUAUUGGGGAUUACCAAAGCCGUCUACCAUCUCAGCACUCCAUGGAUCUGGUGAGAGAGCAGCUGGCAUCCUGUGCUGUAGGUGGAGGGCGACUGGUGUCCUCCUACAUCAUAAAAGGGCACAGAGAUGUGGUGAGCACAGCCUGUCCAGGAGACGCCUUCUAUCAAGAAAUCAAACGUUGGGAUCACUAUGGGCCGUGGCGCGCCUGCGAGCUCAAUAACAUGGAGUCCUCCGCCUGGCACCUCCGAGGAGGGAUCCUACCGAAAAACCUGAGCGGCGCAUAG